AUGUCUGGGCCGGGAAGCGGCUCGGCGGUCCAGCCUGACGAUAUGGACGAUGAGGAGGCCCUCCGAUAUGCCAUUGCCCUAUCGUUGCAGGAACAUGAAAAAGAGUCUCCCGAGCCCGCCAAGCCAGAGGAGUCACAACCCGACCACGGGUCGCACACUGCAGGAAACUUCUCGCUACGCCUACUAGACAGAAAGGCAAUGGAAGAGGCGCGGCUGCAGAGAUUAGCUGCAAAGCGACCCCGUCUGGAUCAGGAGACGACCCCUGACGAUGGCGACGAUGUCGUCGAAGUGCCACCCCCCAAGAAGAUGAAAUCUGCAGGAACCAGCACCCCGAAAGCCGCCCCUAUGUCGGCCUCUCCGUCCACACAGCCGGCGUCAAGUAACUAUUUCCCCGAUGGUGUUGUCAAGAGGACAUGGGCAAGGGGCCACCCUCGAGCCUCUGAUGAUAUCAAAAUCGAGGAGGUGUUCCAGAAAGAAAAACUGGAACUCGCACUCAUAUCCUCCUUCCAAUGGGACGAGGAGUGGAUGCUAUCCAAAGUAGAUCUCAGAAGGACCAAGUUACUUCUACUUGCAUUCGCCACAAACGAGACCCAACAACAAGAAAUGCAGGCCAAUGCACCCCCCAAUGUCCGCUUCUGCUUCCCGCCAAUGAAUGGGCCUGGUGCCAUGCACUCCAAGUUGCAGCUUCUCAAGUACCCCGACCAGCUUCGGAUUGUUGUCCCUACUGGAAAUCUGGUCCCUUACGAUUGGGGGGAGACGGGCGUGAUGGAGAAUAUGGUGUUCUUGAUCGAUCUCCCUCGCCUAGGCGAUGCCGCCGACCACAACCCCACACAGUUCAGCACGGAGCUAGCGAGAUUUCUGACCGAGGCCAAGGUCGACGACAGGAUGGUCGACAGCCUCACCAGCUACGACUUCUCACGGACCGAGAGGCUUGGGUUUGUUUACUCCAUGUUAUUGUGGCCUCGGCAAUGUGGUGUCCAGCCUUGGGCUCGCUACCACAUCUCCGAUCGAGGUCGACAGUGUUGUACGUCCACCCCUGAGCACCAUGUCAUUGUGCAGGUACCCGCUAAUGUCGGUACUUGCCAGAGCGCCUCACUUGGGUCCCUCACCAGCGACCUAAUCACAUCAAUCUACAACGCCUGCCAAGGAGAUAAUGGCAUGAAGGAAUACAACGCGAGAGGUACCCGGAAGCCAGCAGGAGCAUCGCAUUCCACGCCUCGGCUGUUAAGGGACCACUUCCGUAUCUACUUCCCGACAGAGGCCACUGUCGUCAAUACCCUUGGCGGAAGAGGGGCGGCGGGGACGAUCUGCGUUCAGGCCAAAUGGUGGCGCCAGCCCAAGUUCCCCACAGACCUGGUUCGCGACUGUGUCAGCUCUCGGAAAGGGCUUCUCCUACACACCAAGGCCAUCUUCGUCCACGCAUCCAGCGCGGCGGAGGUCGCCGAUGCACCCAGCCACAAGGCUAGCGCCUGGGCUUAUGUGGGCAGCGCCAACCUCUCCGAGAGCGCCUGGGGCCGCCUAGUCAAGGACAGCAAGACCGGCAAACCGAAGCUGAACUGUCGGAACUGGGAGUGCGGAGUAGUCGUACCAGUGCUAGAGGCCAACGGCAAGGCUCGGCCUACCACCAAGGGAGCUGCGGCGGUGGCAACUAGUUCUGCUGGGACCGAGGACGGCAGCAGAGGCAGCAGCAACUUAGGAGAAUUGUUCGCAUCUACAGUGCCAAUGCCAAUGCUAGUCCCGGGUCGUUUGUACGGGCCGAAUGAGGAGCCAUGGUAUUACGCCGAUUCGUAA